AUGUUAUCUCUACGUGGUGUUGGUAGACGUUGUGGCACUCUUUUGAGGCGUCCCCUUGUGGCACUUGCUGGCAAGCAGACUGCCUCCAUCUGUUGCAAUGUACAGAACAAACGGUUUAUCUCGAGUGAACCGGAGAAGAAGUUCACGAAACUGAACAGUGACAAUGAUAAGAACCGGGAUACCAUCUUCCAGUAUACAUGGGGUACUUGGUUGAAGAACGAUGCUGCGGAAAAGCGGAAGAGAACAACUAGGUUUUCCAUUGAGGGGCUCAACGCUGUGCUGAAUGAGAUGUACACGCUUUCUAAGAACAGUGCCUCUGUAGACUCAGGGGCUGACUCCAGUGCCAUACCUGCUCCUGUGAGAAACGAGGGGAACGGUACUGUCAGUUUGCCACAUAACACGAUCAUCCCCAACUUGGACGUGUUGAACGCUAAUGAGAGGCAGGUGGUCAUCAAGACAAUCUCAAGCAUCCACGAGGGUAAGCAUCACCGUGUGUACAAAUUGAGCACCAAUGUGGAGUCUACCCCACUUAUUCUGCGGAUCCCCUACGCGAUUGACCCUAUUGAAACCAUUUCUACGAGGUUGAAGAGUGAGGUGGCCACGCAGGAUUACCUGCAGAACAACUUGGGCGUCAGUGUUCCCAAGAUUUACGUCUACGGUUCCGACAAUAAGAACCCUCUGGGUGUGCCCUUCAUGCUGCAGGAGUUCAUUGAAGGUGAUCUACUGAUGAAGUCGUGGGAUCCCUUGGCAGACGAUGCGUCCGAGGGGAAACCGCCAGCGGCAUUGCAGAAAGUGGUCAACCAGAUGGCCGAUUUGCAUUCAAAGGUCAUUUCCGGUGAGUUCGGUGCCACUGGGUCUAUUUAUUUCAAAGACGAUGUUCCUGAGGAUAAGAGAAUGGACGUGAUUGACGGGAGAUGGUGCAUUGGCCCUAUCACGGAGAGAAGUUUCUGGAAACAUAAGUUGGGUCUGCGUGCUAACAAGGAUGUUUCCCCAGGACAAUUUUUGGGGCCCUGGGAUGGUGCAGAUGUCACUGCGAUUGUGAAGAAUCUUGGUGGCAUAGAGGCUGCGAACGCGAGAGGAAGACUGAGUCUUAUCGAUGCUGGUUCAUCCUCCGAGGCAGACAAGAAAGGUGUUCUGAGGGAGCAAGUCUCGACUUUCGAGAAUCUGAGCAAGAUUGCACCAUGUCUUUUCGACUCUAGUGACAAGGCGAUAGCUUCGUCAAAGAUCCCUAACCUCCAAGAGAUGAUGAACCCAAGAUUGUACUUGCCCGAUCUGGAUCCCCUGAAUGUCAUAGUGGACAAGAAGAGUUCCAAACUGUACCUUCUAGAUUUUGAGGGGAGUUGUGUGAAGCCAUUUAUCUUACAGAACUCGCCCAAGUUUAUCGAGUACGAGGGCCCCAAGAUCUACGAUAUCAAGAAAGAGAUCCCUGAUUUCGACCAGAUGAACGAUAACGAAAAGGCUCAAUGCCAGUUCAUCUACAAGAGGACGCGGAACCAGUACCUGUGGGAGAACGCUUUGAACGAGAGACACCCAGACCUGAUCAUCUCGAUGGCCCCACCUAUCAAACUUCUGAGAAGCGCGUACGUGGCUGCUCUAGAGAGGAAGACAGAUGACGGGUACUUGAUCGUCGACGAGAACUUACUCCAAUUGAAACAAGUGUGGGGGGACCUAUACAAGAACGGUCUUGUCCCCAAGGAGAGUUACCCACUGGAGUACACCGAGGAGCAAACCGCCAAGCACGCGAAGGAUAUCAACGCACUGCACCAGAGACUGAUCUCUUCGCCGUUCGCGGCGACGCAAGGCUGGAUCCCACAAGACAUGUUCGAAAGCUUGGUACGCGGCGGACUCGUCAUCAAAGACGAGCACGGCAAUUACAAGAUCAAGACGGCCGCGGGGGGGCCAACGGACUCCGAGCACUCCGAGCACUCCGAGAACUCCGCAUGCACAAGUACAUAG